UAUCGGAGGUUUCUUAUCGUUCGGUUCGUGAGAAGAGGCACACCUAGUUCCUCUUUGCUGUCCAUGUUGAAAAACACUUAAUCGCUCCAACGAUUCAAUCGCUCCAGUUCGUAUUAAACUCUCGCUGGAUAUUGUCUCCAGAUCAGCAAUGAGGAAUCUCGUUUGGGUAAUUUUGCUCGUUGCAGCUGCACGUGCGCAAGAGAUCAAAUACAAAUUUUGCGCACCCAGUGAUGUGGUGAGCAAUAGUUCGUGCUACGCUGUGCAACGAGGAAAUUCUGUAGUGUCGUGUUUGAGCGUGUCGGACAGCUCCGAGUGCGCUAUUCGCUUAGCUGAAGGCGAAGCCGAUUUUGGUGUUUUCAAUGCAGAAGAAUUGUUGUUAAUAAAUCAAUUUUAUCCAUCUGACAUCGAACCUAUUAUUCAACUGAAGCAUAGGAACAAACAAUUAGAUGAGUUUGAAUUCCAAAUGGUAGCAGUGAUCCCCAUAAAUAAAACGUUCAUACAGCGAACUCCUCGCCAACGUCUUGAACAUUUGAAAGAUAAUGGAUUUUGCCAUCCUGGUUUUAGUCACUCUCAAAAGCUGAGUGAUUAUAUUCUCAAGUAUUUUGAAAACACAUUGUCAGUGAAUCCUCUGCAGUGCCGAGAUAAUGUAACCGUUAUUGAAAAUGAGGUCAUAAAUCUCAAGAAUUUCUUUGGAAAAGCUUGUAGACCAGGCGAAUGGGCUUCUGAUAAGUCCAUCGAUCAAGAACUAAAGAAGAAAUAUCCAGAAUUAUGUGCUCUUUGUGACAACACGACGGCUUGUAGUUAUAAUAGUAAGGAAAACCACGGACAUUUCGGAGCUUUGCAAUGUCUAACUCAAGGUCGUGGUAAAGUGGCAUACGUAGCACUUCAAUACGUUCAGGAUUAUCUCAAAGGAAAUGAAUCGUACCAGUUUUUAUGUCCAGAUGGCAAUAUUCUUCCUUUAUCCACUUCAUAUGCUUGCACGUGGCUCCAACAACCGUGGAGCGUCGUCGCAGCUAGAAAAGAAGUCGCAGACUCUCUUAAGCCACAGUUAUUGGACUGGAUACAUAAUCCGAAAGAAAACUGGAAAAUUAGUUUAAGCCGAAUUAUACAAGAGGAUAACAAAGGUGUAGAUAUGGUAAAAACGACUAUAGCUAAUUACUUGCAGGGAAGAGAAAUCGAUGUUGAAAAUAUUAAAACCUGCGGCAAGUACAUUCGUUGGUGCACGAUUGGCGAUUCGGAGACUAAUAAGUGUAAGUGGGUGGCGAAAGCAGCGAAAGCUCUCGGUGUGGCACCGAGCAUUUCUUGUAUCAUGUCAAAUUCCACAUUUCAAUGUUUCCACGAUAUAAAAGAAAAUCGAACAGAUAUAAUCGUCAUUGAUUCCAACUAUGGUUACCUGGCACGAAAAGUUUAUAAUUUGUCAACGAUUCUGUACAGCGAAACUGAAGUGACUAAGAAUAGUGUGACACUCGCUGUGAUACGUGAGCCUAAAGAUGAUAAUUAUCUCAUAAAGAACUUCCAAGAUUUAAAUGGCAAAAAGGCAUGUUUCCCUGAAUACGGCGGACUUAGUUGGUUGAGUUUCAUCAAUGCUGCUAGAAGAAGCAAUAUCAUCUCAUCUAAAUCCUGUGACUAUUCAUUAUUGGUGUCCGAACUGUUUUCGGGUGCUUGUGCCCCUGGAAUAGAAGAUUCCGACCACUCGAGCACUGCCAUCCCUUCGGACGUAGCGUCUAAACUUUGCUCGGCUUGUAAAAAUCAAAAUAAUCCGUCCUGUGCAGUGAAUCAAACUAAUCGUUAUUACCGUGACGAAGGAGCCUUACGAUGCCUAACUGAUGAAGCUGGCGACAUAGCAUUUAUUGAGACGACAAAUAUUCCCAACAACGUUACCGAAUUAAACACAUACCGUAUUCUGUGCAAAAAUGGAAGUUUGGCCGAACAAUCAGGAUUUAAUGUUGACGAAAAUUGUGCAUUAUCGGUAACAAUUGAUAGCGAGGUUGUUGGUGAUAAGAAAGAUGAUAAUGAAAUCUCUAGGACGAAUACUAUUCUAGCUUUAUUAAAGCUGGAAGACUGGCUAGGAUAUCGUGUAAACGCUCGAAGAUCAAUUCAUAUUUACGGACCAUUCAACGGGGAAAAAGAUCUUCUCUUCAAAGAUUCCUCGGCCGGCUUGGUUUCUACAUCGUCGACGAAGACGACAGUGGUUGCCUAUAAAGAGCUUCUUGAUAACGUCGAGGAGUGCAGCUCGAAUGGUUCUUUGGCCACCGCUAAUUUAAUCUUUAUAAUCCUAGUCGCAUUUUACAACCUUUUUUCCAGUCACGUACACUAAUUUUCUCUGCUGUUAAAUAUUGGAUUGUUAAAUCCAAUAUUUACAAUAUUUACGUAAUACAUGAUUGCCAUACUAUACUUUUAAAUAUAACUGCUAAACAUUAACUAACU